AUGGGAAAGAAAGCUGUGCUGCUUGACGCCUUGGAAGCGCUCGAGUUACACACCAAGUCUCCAAGAAGGCAUGCUUUGGCAACUCUUGUAAAGCAGUGUGGAGAGGUGAAGUCUCCAGUCCUCGGCAAACGUUUGCACUCGUUGAUAUCCAGGUUCGAGCAGCAAGAAAACACCAUUGUUGUCUCGAAUUUGCUGGUUUACAUGUACUCACAGUGCGGUUGUUUGAGUGAUUCAAAGAUGGUGUUUGAUACCAUUCCAGAACCCAAUGUGUUUUCGUGGACAAUGCUUUUUUCUGCAUAUGCCUACAAUGGGCAUUUAGAAGAAGCAAGGCUUGUGUUUAACAGCAUGUCUUACAAAGAUUUGGCUGCAUGGAACACCAUGAUAGCUUCAUUUGCACAAGCAGAGAACAGCAAUCAAGCCCUUCGAGUAUUUUGUGCCAUGAAUUUAGAAGGCCUCCGACCAAACGAGAGAACAUUCGUGAGUGUUUCUAGUGCUUGCAUUGGUUUGUCCUACCAUUCUAGACUCGUUGGAAGCAUUGCAAUUGAGAGUGGAGUAGCAGAUGCCUGUGUCAAUGUUGCAAAUUCCAUCAUUUCUAUGUACGCAAGAUGUGGAUGUUUGCAAGAAUCAAACAUCAUCUUCCGCUCAAUACAAGAACAGGGAAGAGAUGACACUGUGUCCUGGAAUGCGAUCAUUGGAGCUCAUACCCAGCUUGGGCAUUUUGACAAGGCACUUGACUUCUAUGCGAGAAUGUGUGCAGAGGGUAUGAAAGCUGACGGAAUCACAAUGGUGACGUGCUUGGAGGCGUGUGGAGGCUCUCUGGCUCGUGGAAGGAUGGUGCACAGCCAUGCAGACGCAGCUGGGUUUCAUCUAGAUGCCAUGGUCUGCACGGCCGUCAUAGCAAUGUAUGGGCGCUGUGGCCUUCAAUGCUUGGACGAAGCCAAGAUGGUGUUUCAAAGACUACUGGAAAAGGGUAGUGGAAGAGGAGAUGUGGUGCUAUGGACAGCCAUGGUUGGAGUUUACAUCAAAGAGGAGCAACACGGCGAGGCAUUCGUUUUGUUCAGAAAUAUGGACUUGGAAGGCGUGGUUCCAAACGAAAUGACACUGAGCAGUGUCUUGGAUGCUUGCGCUGCUCUCCAAGACUUAAACACGGGAAGAAUGCUUCACAGAGAGGUAACGAGCAAUGGAUACCUGGGUAGCAAAUCGGUGGUGCUGGGAACUUCUUUGCUUGACAUGUAUGCCAAGUGUGGUGACCUCAAUGCUGCAAAAGAAGUCUUCGAAAGCAUGAGGAUCAAAACCACCGUCACCUGGAAUGCCAUGGCCGCUGCCUAUGCCGCGCUGCACGGGCUGGAAGAGCUUCAAGCUAGCGAUGGAUUGGGCUUGUGUCGAGAAAUGGAGCUCCAAGGCGUUCGUCCAGACGGGGCCACCUUUGUGAACAUUCUCACACUUUGUAGCCAAUGCGGCAUUCUAGAAACGGGCCUGAGCUAUUUCUCCCGGCUUCAGAGUGACUACGGCUUGGAGCCAAGCGCUCUUCACAAUGCCUGUGCUGUGGAUUUGCUUGGCCGGCUUGGAUUCUUGGACGAGGCCGAAGCUAUUGUAAGCAUCGAUGCUUUGCAUAGCGAUGGUGACCGAGCUUUGGGGUGGCUUCCACUGCUUUCUGCGUGUAGAACUCACGAUGAUGCUGCUCGAGGGUUCCACGCAACAGAGCAGCUUUUGGCAACGAGCCCACACCAUGCUUCUGCCUAUGUUUUGCUCUCCACUAUUUCAAGUUAUGUUGUUUAA